AUGCAGUUCUUGGGCCGGCUGCUGCAGGACACCGUCUCCUCCGUGUCGACCCUCUUCACAAACCCUUACCGGGUCAGAGACGUGCCCCUGUCUGAUUACGGAGGAGGAGGCAAAGUUCUGCUGAAGCAGGAGGGUCGCUUGGUCCUGUACAAAAACACACAAUGUCAGUCAUGGGACUGCGUGCUCAUGUCCACUGAGUCGCCAAAUGUGGUUCUCAGCCUGGAAUUGAACAAUCUUGCCUCUUUUAACUUUCUUCCUCCUCACUGUCCCAUCCAGGCUCUUUGCUCACGGCUGUGCUCUGGGGUGAACGAGCUCAACAACAACGGAGAAACGCCGCUCCAUGUGGCCUGUCGCCUGGGACGGGUAGAGUCCGUUAAAGCCUUGCUGGAGGGUGGGGCGAAGUGUGACGUCACCGGUAGUCAAGGAAAUCCUAUCCACGCUGCUAUGAAAUACAGUGAGAAGGGCUGUGUGGAGGAGAUUCUGAAAGCAGACCCAUCCCAACUCCAAGCUGAAGACUGUGUGUACGGAGGGACGCCGCUGCAUUGGGCUAAAACAGGCGAGAUGUGCCGCAUGCUGCUGGACCGCGGCUGUGAAAUAAACUACCUCAGCAAGACCGGAGAGAGCGCCCUCCACAUUCUGACCAGAAAGGGUCGCUUUGAGGCGGCCAUGGUGCUACUCACCCACGGGGCCAACGCCAACCUGCGGGGUCAGGAUGGAAAUACAGCUCUGCACCUCGCUAUGAAGAUGGACCACAUGGAGUUGAUCAAGGGUCUGAUCGUGUUUGGAGCCGAUGUUGAGAUCCACAACGACCUGGGAGAAACGCCUGGGCUGAUCGCUGCGCGCACCAGCAAAGGUCCUAAUAGAAAGAUACUACUGGAGAUGCUGUGUAGUGUAGGAGUCCAGCGCUGCCUCCCUCCUUCCCCCGGCAGUCCUCCUCCUCCUCCUCCAUUCUCAAACAAGACCAAGGCUCGAGGCAUAGGGUUCGAUGACAUCAUGUUUGUUGGUGCUGCCAUAGGAGCGAUAGGCAAAUCUGAACUUGAUGGACCAACAAUGGGGAAAAAAAAGAUUGACAGACUGCUGUGUCUAGAUGGUGGAGGGAUUAAAGGUCUGGUGCUGAUCCAGAUGCUGAUUGCUCUGGAGAAAGAGGCAGGACGGCCGACCAGGGAACUCUUUGACUGGGUAGCUGGAACAAGCACAGGGGGCAUCCUUGCUUUAGCAAUAAUCCAUGGUAAGUCCAUGGAGUACCUGCGCUGCUUGUACUUCAGAAUGAAGGAGCAGGUGUUCAAAGGGUCACGACCCUAUGAAUCCGCUCCACUGGAAGACUUUCUGAAGAAAGAAUUUGGAGAAAACACCAAGAUGACAGACAUCAGAUUCCCGAGGGUCAUGGUGACCAGUGUGCUAGCGGACAGACAUCCAGGCGAGCUCCAUAUCUUCAGGAACUAUAACCCACCAUCUCUGAAAAGGGAGCCCGCAUACUCCACCUCUGCAACCUUCAAGUCUCUGACCAUCCCACAGGAACAACUCGUUUGGAGAGCAGCCCGCUCCAGUGGUGCUGCCCCCACCUAUUUCCGACCAAUGGGCCGGUUCCUGGAUGGAGGGCUGUUGGCCAACAACCCAACACUCGACGCCAUGACAGAAAUCCACCAGUUCAACAAGUCUUUAAAGGCGGAGGGCCGUGAGAUGGACGUCAAGAAGCUGGGUAUAGUUGUUUCUCUGGGAACAGGUAAGCCCCCUCAGGAGGUGGUGACAUCUGUGGAUGUUUUCCGGCCCUCCAACCCUCUGGAGCUGGCCAAGACAUUCGUAGGCGCCAAGGAGCUGGGCAAGAUGUUGGUUGACUGUUGUACGGACUCUGAUGGUUGCGCAGUGGACAGGGCUAGAGCCUGGUGUGAGAUGAUCGACACCAUCUACCAAAGACUGAGCCCCCAGCUCUCUCAGGAGGUGAUGCUGGAUGAAGUGAGCGACGAAGUUCUGGUGAACAUGCUGUGGGAAACUCAGAUGUACCUGUUCGAGAAAAGAGAAGUCCUCCAGUCUCUUGCAAAAAUGCUGCAGUGAGGCCGAAAGGAGAAGGAAAUCAUAAAGAGGGCUCACAAGCAAAGUCUAAAAAUAAUCAGGAGUCUACAAGAACUAGCACUGUUCAGACAAUAUUAAACUGUGGGGCUUCCUGAAGGGUCUGGGAUGGUGAGAAAUAAAACCACUGUUACUUCCACAAUUCUACUGACAUGAAUGCAAACGAAGAGACGUUUUAAACCUGACAGAAAACUUAAUACUGAUCUGUCAAGAAGAAAGACAUGUAGCAUCAUUUGACCUAAUCACUGACCUCGUUCUCCUCUUUACCAGGUUUACAGGUUUUCUAUGAACUAAUGAAGAGGCGUUUGUACUUUUGUUUGCGUGUGAAUACACACAGAGGGUGAAAACUGGACAGAAAUGAGCUGCUGCCAUUGUCUGCUGCUGCUUCCCUCUCUUCACUUUCUUAAACGCAAAAAGAGUAAAAAACUUUUAAUCAGUUUGGGGUUAUUUGGACUAAACCUGUAACAACCUCUUCCUUAAACCCUCAAAUGUUCACCCAAACACCUAAAACACACUCGUUACACUUUUUCUCCCCAAGCCAAUAUGAUCAGAAGUGAAUCUGUUAUACCACUGGAGGUUUUCUAGACCAUCCCGCAGAGCAGCUGUGAUCAUUUACCAGUUCUGCCUUACGUGUCGGUAACCUUCUCUUUCCACAUAUUCCCCAUUGACUUCACACAUUUAUAAGGUUAUGCAAUUAACUUUAGACGGAUUAUUAAAGCAACCUCCAGAGCGAAGACCAAACUUACUACCUGUUUCCAAGUGUUUUCUGUCCUGAUCCAACAUAUGUGAAGUAAAAACCUUUACAUAAGUAAACUGACCUAAAUGUAAUGGAACGUAAAACUUGACAAACAUACAAGUAUAACAAAGUCGAAUAAUUGUUUUGUAUUUUUUUUCUAUCAAAUAAUGAUGUGAUUACUUAUAUGGUAAUAAAUUAUAUUACUACUGACCUAA